UGUGACUGUCGUGGAUAAGUGCAUAAAGUGAAUGAUUUGCAAGAGGGAGCGAGAGAGCGAGAGAGGGAGACUUUAAAGGGAGCCAGCGGAAUGUUAUCUCUCAAAUCAUCAGAGGCACGAGGACCAGCACGCGUGGCUGUAAGGAUGGCUGGAGCAAUGUUGUCCUGAUCCACGGGAAACAGAAAGGACAGCCUGAGACGACACUUUCGUAUCUAAUCGAUUUUAUCUGAGGACGCGUGUCCAUUGUUAUCCACACACGGGUCAGAGGGCAACACAUCUCAGAGCGUGCGUUACCGGUCCUGAUAUUUAUAUCCAUUCUGUAAUUCUGCUUACGGAAAUUUCAUGAUAUAACAACACACAUCUUCGUUGCCGGCUGCGUGGAAUUAGUGGCGAGGAAAGUAUUACUGAGAAAUGCUGUUGCUGCUGAUGCUGAAAUAAAUAUUCAGAAAACACAAUGGACAGAUGAACAUGAAUCACUGACUGAAAACAGACUUGAUACAAGGGAUUUGAGGGAAUAAAUUAAUUCUUAUCCAAUUCAUCAUCAACAGAGGACAGUUAACAAUCAGUGCACCACUGAAGCCUUGAUCAAACGGAUCUGAAAAUGAUGCUGAGUCCCGAUCAGACGGAUCCUGACCUCACCUGGACACAGGCGGACACGGAAUGUCUGAACGUCAUGAAAGUGGAGUGUGUGGCUCACGAGCCCUUAGAGGCCGAGGAUGGCAAGACUCGCGCACUCGUGCCAGCCGCGCUCACCAGAGAGGAGAAGAGACGGAGGAGGCGCGCGACUGCCAAAUACCGUUCUGCGCAUGCCACGCGCGAGCGCAUCAGAGUGGAAGCGUUCAACGUAGCGUUCGCUGAGCUGAGAAAGCUGCUACCAACACUUCCACCCGACAAGAAGCUGUCCAAGAUAGAAAUACUUCGCCUAGCUAUCUGUUACAUUUCUUAUCUUAACCACGUUUUGGACGUUUAAACGAACAUUUACCAGUACCUUAAAACAAAACCCUUCAAGUGUGCAUAAAGAAUACUUUUAUAGACAUUGAGAAGUGGCAUAUUCCAGCUUUCACACAAAUAGCCUAUUAAAAAAAGAGGGGGAAAAAAGGGUAACAUUUCAGAAAUAGGCUAUGUUUUGUUGUCUGUCCCCACUAAUUACAAAACAAGGAAAUCGGAACAAAGGGAUGGGAGGAAGUCUUUUAGUUACUAUAAAACCUUAGCUACCGAAAAUGUUACGUAUCGCAAUAAGUGAAGCUUGCUGUUUUUGAUUGCUACUGUAGUUUAGGAUAGCUUUUCAAAGAUUAGCUAUCCUGUUCAACAUCCCACAUCAUGAGCACAUCUGUGGCAAUACAUUUGUUGUGGAGAGAUUUGACUUGGGUUGGAUGUUAAGAGGCUACAUCACAUAAACGAAACAAAUGUUUAUCUUUCGCAACAUUGUUAUAAAUCAAGCUGAUUUUAUAGGCUACCAACCGUGUGGAGAAAUGUAUAGGCUACUUCUAUGUGCUGGAACAAAUCGUAACCUUGUUAGCUGUUAAUUUAUAUUUUCUUGUAUAUUUAUUUAUGAAGUAAAUUAAGUUAUGUGAGUGUCCUUAAAAUAGCAUAUCUAAAGUGUUUACGUAUAUAUGUAAAUAUUUAAUGUUUUAUUAUUAUUCCUAUUUUAGACUGAUGUCGCAGAGUUUGGGUUUACUGUUGCUUUUCACUUGCACUUUUCAUUGGCAGUUUUCUUAGGAGUAGGAGGGCCUUCGCUGUGUGUGCACUACAGUUAUUAAUAUAAUGGUGUUGCUGUUGAUGUCCUGUCCUAUGAUAACGAGAAGCACUUCCCAUCGGAUAGGAUCUAUUGCUGUAUUGUUUAUUUUGUUUACAAAGUGCUCAUAGAUAGCGCUUUGGGUACCUGAUGACUUGGGGUGGUUUAAAAGUACAAUUACACUAAUUUACAUGCAUCAUAAUCAAUGUCAGAUAAAUCAUUUGGCCAUAGACAUAACAAGCGUGUUGCCUGCCUUCCAAGUCUACAAGCUACCCUUAGACGCUCUCUCUGCUGCGACCAAAAAUGAUCUCAAAGUAGUUUAUUUUUCAUUUAGAAACUAUUUAUAGAGAUUAUUUGUUUACGUGAUUCUUGUGAACCUUUUGGAAAUUUUACAGUGAACAAAUAGUCUAACAUCUGCCUCAUAUCCAAAGAUCACCCUGUUAAUUCAGGGUUUUGUCCGUCAUUUUGUAGUGGAAUAGCCAGUACACUGGUUUGUAUCGCAGUUUUUCAUAACUAUUUUAGAAUAAAUAGUAAAAAUAUUAAUUCAGCGCUGAUUCGUCUGUUGUAGUUUUUGUAUAAAACAAAAUGAAAUUAAAGAUA